AAUAAAAAUCUUACGGUAAGUACGGUCGGAUAAAUCGAAGUCUUGUAAUAAAUCCGACCAGAUAAGCCGAUAUUAUUAUUGUCUUCGCUCCUUCUCUCUCAAUUAGAUUCUGGGCUUCUGCGAUCAGCUAAGAUCCGAUCCGCGUCGAAGAACACGUUUCAACUCUGAUCGGAGAUCCGAUUGAAGAUAACAAAAUCAGGUUCGGGGCCAUGACUCGUCGAUGCUCUCACUGCAAUCACAACGGUCACAACUCUCGGACAUGUCCCAACCGUGGUGUGAAGCUAUUUGGCGUUAGACUCACCGAAGGUUCGAUCCGGAAAAGUGCUAGUAUGGGGAAUCUUAGCCACUACACGGGCUCUGGAUCGGGUGGGCAUGGGUCGGGUUCUCCUGGUGAUGUCCCUGACCAUGUCGCUGGUGGUGAUGGUUACGCUUCUGAGGAUUUCGUUGCUGGCUCUUCUUCCUCUAGCCGCGAGAGAAAGAAAGGAACUCCAUGGACAGAGGAAGAACACAGGAUGUUCUUGUUAGGUUUACAGAAGCUUGGUAAAGGUGAUUGGCGUGGCAUUUCAAGAAACUAUGUGAAUACGAGGACACCAACGCAAGUUGCUAGUCAUGCUCAGAAGUAUUUCAUUAGACAAUCUAAUGUCUCUCGUCGCAAGAGACGUUCUAGUCUCUUUGAUAUGAUUCCUGAUGAGGGAGAAGAUGUACCGAUGGAUCAGCAAGAACCGGAAGCAGAGAACACUCCCGUGGAAACGUUAAUGCAAAGUUCUGAUUCUGUUCAUCAGACACUUGCUUCUAGCUCCCGUCAAGCACCAUCAAUCUUGGAGAUCGAUGAAUGUGAAUCCAUGGACUCAACAAACUCUACCACCGGUGAACCAACCUCCAUCGCUGCUGCUGCUUCUUCUUCUUCGUCCAUACUAGAAGAAACCACACAACCGCAACUACAAUCAUUCCCGAUACUAUAUCCAGCCUACUUCUCACCGUAUUACCCGUUUCCAUACCCAAUAUGGCCUGCUGGUUAUGUUCCUGAACCAACCAAGAAAGAGGAAACUCACGAGAUUCUUAGACCAACUGCAGUGCAUUCGAAAGCUCCUAUCAAUGUGGACGAGCUUCUUGGUAUGUCUAAGCUUAGCCUUGGAGAGUCCAAGAAGAAGAAUGGAGAAUCGGAUCAGUCUCUUUCACUGAAGCUAGGUACGAGACAGUCGGCGUUUCACCCGAAUCCUAGUUCUGAUAGUUCAGACAUCACCAACGUGGUACAUGCGGUGUAAGGAUUUGCAAAAGUGACUGUUGCAUGCAGAUAAUCUCUGUCUCUGGUUUGGGGUUUACAGACUAGACUGCUUCUUUGGUCACAGUAAAAUAAGAUCUGCUUUGUUAGGUUGUUUAACUGAGUAGGGUCUUUUUGUUCAGCUAGGGUGAAAAAAAAGAAAGAAAAAGAAGUGAAAAGGAGGGAGAAAAAAAACAAAUUAUUAUUUUUCUUAAAUUUAUCUUUGCAUUUGUAUGCUUUUAGUUUGCCUUUAGGAUGGGUUAAAACUUAAUUCUCUUUUUUUUUUGUUUACUAAUAUUGUUGCUAGGAGCUGAAAAUAGAAUUUGUUAGUUUGGAUAAAAUAAAAAGGAUUGUUGUUUA